AUGCUAUCGAGCCCAUUAUACGAUAGGGCCGUGCCGAUCCGCUCCGCUCGAUCCCUCAAGGAAAGGACUUUAAAAUUAGCAAGGACGCCGCUUCGGAACGACGCUCCGGCGAUAUUUCGGUGCGACACCGGAGCCCGACCAUUACGCAAGCUCGCAUCGAAGAUGGCCGCUGAAGCGCGGCAGAACGCGGGAGAGGAGAGA